UUCCUUAUCAUUUCUUGCAUUAAAUUUUGGUGUCAGUGAAUGAAAUAAUGGAGGUCGAGAAGCGUGAAAUUAAAGUUAAAAAACAUGAAAAAGAAAAAUCGACAUUAAAAAAUAACAAGAGAAUCUGGCCGACAAGUUUCAACGUUUCGAAAUUUUUUCUGCCUGAAAAACGUGCAAGACGCAAUGUUAGAAUACCAAAAUUUUUGCUUGGUGGCAACAUUUCUGAUCCUCUGAAUUUAAAUUCUCUCCAGAAUGAAUCAGAAACCAACAAUGAUGAUGAAAAUAAUGAAAUUGAAGAAGAGAGCGAGAGUAAAGUAGAGUUGAUUAUUCCUCCUAACAUCAAUGAUCCACUCAAUCUUUUAAGUCCCGUCGAUAAGACAAAGUAUGAAAUGCAAUUGACUUGCAACAGUAACAUCAAAAGGCGUCAAAGGAAACGUUUUAAGUCAGGCUCGGAAUUUCAUCCAAUGAAUACACGGAAAAAAUCAGCUUUUGCAAAUAAACUGUGUUCAUCGCCAGAGAAACCUUUGGAGAGCGAAGCUGCUUAUGAUUCUAAUGUAUCAAAAGAAUCAUCUGAUGAUGAGAUCACUGAUCCUUCAUGGUCAAUAGUUGAUAAAGAAUCGUCCAAAAAUAGUCCAACUGUAAAUACAAGAAAGCCAAGUAAUUCUGGAGAAGAUCCCAAAACAGUCAUCGUCCCUACUACUGAAAAUGAAGCUUCAAAAAAUCAAGAGGAAUUAACAAAUGAGUUAUUUGAUGAUACUCAAACAGAAAACGUAACAGAAGUGAAAGUUGAAAACGCAGUUUUACAAAAGACUGCACGUUGUCAAUAUGGAAAUUACAAUCGCUACUUUGGCUUUGAAAGUCUUAAUAAAAACAUGGAUGUAAGAUUGAAAAUCUUCCAACGUCACGUCCAUUUAUUUAAAAACAAAGAUGUACUUGAUAUCGGUUGUAAUGUGGGACUUAUGACACUUGCAAUAGCAAAACUUUUAUCACCAAAAUCCAUAACAGGCGUCGAUAUCGAUCGAAACUUAAUUAACAUCGCACGGAAUAAACUCAUGAAGUAUGUUGCAAUCCCUGACAGUUUAAUUGAAACUGAUUUAAAUGCAGAAGUUGUUAAACGUCCACGAACUGAAUGUUUUCCAUCUUCAUUUCCAAUAUGCUAUGGCAAUUUAAGCGCUGCUUUCAGACAGAUUCAAAAGAAAGCACAAACACCAUUAACACACGUGUCCACACCAAAAACGCCAAAUGAAACACAAUACCUGAGAAUACCUGAAAAUGUGUUAUUUGAAGAGAUGAAUUAUGUGCCUAAAGACGAACUAAGCUUAUUCCGUGACGGUGGAAAAUACGAUUUAAUUCUUUGUCUCUCCGUUACUAAAUGGAUUCAUCUUAAUUAUGGUGAUCAAGGAAUGAAGCUGACAUUUAAAAAGAUUUUCAAUCAAUUGAGACCGGGUGGAAAAUUUAUUCUUGAACUUCAAAAUUGGCCGAGUUAUAAAAAGAAGAAGAAGAUGACAGAGCAGAUUUUCGAGAACUAUAAAAGCAUAAAAUUUUCACCAUCGAAUUUUGCUGAUUUUCUGUUGAGUCAAGAAGUUGGAUUUAGUCAUUAUUACACUUUAGGAGUGACACAGCAUUUAAGUAAAGGCUUCAAACGUCCAAUUUAUUUGUUUGUCAAGGGCGAAUACACGCCAAAAGCUGCACAAAAGUGGUCUGAUGUUUACUUUCCAUCAACAACACCAUAUCCGAGACGAUCGAUGGUUUAUGCGCAACCAAUGAUGAACAAAUAUGCGCCUUUACCAUCUUGGUUGAGUCCAAUGCCAUCACCAUUUCCUUACAGUCGUCCGAGUCAUACACCAGCUUAUGGAACUCCAUAUUACAAUCCACAACAGUCAGAUUAUCUUCCAAGUUACGAUGAAUUUCCCAGAAGUCAGUUUGCUUUCAUGUCACCAAGUUCUCACUCAUCAUCACCACAAUCACCAAGCAGUUCGAGUAAACGAAGCAUUGAUGAUGAACCUCAUUCACCAUCGACAUCACGGCAUCAUCUCUAUCAUUUAAUCACUGAUCCACCAACAAAGAGUUCAACUGAUACUAAUAGCAAUGAUUAAAAGCAUUUCUAACGAUCUUUGUUAGACUAUUUUUCAUCUGCCAUGUCUCUUAAGUAAAUCAUAAUAAUAAUAUUAAACUAUUAACUAAUGUUCGAUUCUUAUUAUUGUUUUCGAUGUCAUUAUGUUUUUUUUCUUUACAAAACAUAAAUAAAUGCUUAAUUUA